GCUCCCGGAACGCUCCGCGCGCGGCUUGGAGGCGGGGCAGGUCGGCCCGCCCGGAGGCCGCAGGCACCUCCCGCCCACCUCCCAGCCCGCGGAGCCGCUGCCGGGCCGCCCCCCAGCCCCGCUAAACAUUUGUUAUUUUGGAGUUUAAAGUAUGUCAUCAUGGCAAAGUUUCGAAGAAGGACUUGCAUCAUUUUGUCACUUUUUAGUCUAUUUAUUUUUUCUGUGAUGCUGGGUUUAAAAAUGCUGAGACCAAAUAAAGGCACUUUUGGAGCUCCUUUUGGACUUGAUCUUCUUCCAGAAGUUCGUCGACAAAUUCCUCGCUUGGAGAAAAUUUUUGAUUCUGAAAUGAGUGACACAAUCAACAGUGAAACAAAUAUCAAGCAUUUAAAAAAUGUUGAAUUUACUGUGAAACCUCCCAAAGCCUCUGAACCUCUCCUGGAAGAACUGCAGCCUCUGAAUUAUUAUUUACAUGUAUUUUAUUACACUUGGUAUGGAAAUCCACAAUUUGAUGGUAAAUACAUACAUUGGAACCAUUCAAUGCUGAAGCACUGGGACCCUAGAAUAAACAAUAAUUAUCCACAAGGGACACACAAACCUCCAGAUGAUAUUGGCUCCAGCUUUUACCCUGAGUUGGGAACUUACAGCUCUCGGGAUCCUUCUAUCAUCGAAACUCACAUGAAACAGAUAUACUCAGCUUCAAUUGGUGUAUUAGCCCUUUCUUGGUACCCACCUGAUUCCCAUGAUGAGAAUGGAGUACCUACUGAUGACUUGGUACCAACUAUUUUGGAUAAAGCACACAAAUAUAAUCUAAAGGUCGCUUUUCAUAUUGAACCAUAUAUCAAUCGAGAUGUUCAAAACAUGUACAGAAAUGUCAAAUACAUUAUAGACAAAUACGGAAAUCAUCCAGCCUUUUACAGGUACAAGACUAAGACCGGCAGUUCUCUUCCUAUGUUUUAUGUCUAUGACUCCUAUAUUACAGGCCCUGAGCACUGGGCCAGCCUGUUAACCACCUCAGGGUCUCGGAGCAUUCGCAAUUCUCCUUAUGAUGCACUGUUCAUUGCUCUUCUAGUAGAAGACAAGCAUAAAUAUGAUAUCCUCCAAAGUGGUUUUAAUGGAAUUUACACGUAUUUUGCCACAAAUGGCUUUACUUAUGGCUCAUCAUAUGAGAAUUGGGCUAAAAUAAAAUUGUUUUGUGAUCAUUUCCAACUGCUAUUUAUCCCAAGUGUGGGCCCCGGAUACAUAGACACCAGCAUCCGUCCAUGGAACACUCAGAACACUCGGAACCGGAUCAAUGGGAAGUAUUACGAAACUGCUCUGAAUUUGGCCCUCCAAGCGCACCCUAGUGUAAUUUCUAUCACAUCUUUCAAUGAGUGGCAUGAAGGAACUCAGAUUGAAAGAGCUGUGCCCAAACGAACCAGUAAAAGAGUUUACCUGGAUUACCGGCCUCACAAACCAGGUCUUUACCUGGAACUGACUCGCAAGUGGUCUGAAAAAUACAGUAAGGAAAGAGCAACGUAUGCAUUAGAGCGCCAGCAGCCUGUUUCUUAAUCUUAAUGCACUGUUUUAUGUUUAAUAAGUAUAGAAAACACCUACUUUCAGUAAAUGUCUCUUUUUUGAGUUACGGGAUGAAAACUGUCAAAAUCAGUAUGCACUGUUACCCUCACCACCGUUCACAAUGCUGUACUGACACAAUGCCUGAGAGAAAAUUGUGCAAAAACAUUCCCUGUUCCAUCUUCUGCUAAAUUUCUGACUAAAAUUGACAUGGUGCUUUCAUGGCAGUUUAAUUUUUAUUUUACAAUAGGUAAAUGUUUAUUAUAAAAUAAUUAGCACACAGUUCUUUCUAUCCUACUGUAUUCUGGGCCCAAAGAAAUAGGAUUGUGUAUUUGUUACUGUACUUGUUUCAUCUCUAAGUUGUUUCAAUGGUUCAAUAAACUUUAUGGUAUUAGUAUAUAGAUUCUGGAUAACUUUUAAUAAUAAAUAAUCUUACAAAAAUAAAAUCAUAUAUCUUAAACUUUACUGUGAACCAUAUUGCAUUAGGAAGGCUUGCUUUCUGCAGCACAAUAUGUAUUAUCAUUCACAGAUUUUUGGUUACCUAGAGCAUGCUAGAUGUUUUACAUGUAUUAUAUUUCUGCUUUAUAAUGCUGAAUUCCAGAUUUUAGAAGUUAUAGAAAGUUUUUUUUAUAAAAGUUAGUGAUUGCUUUGAAUU